CUCAAGUUUACGGCACAUACGAAUUCAUCGAAACACGGAGAGAGGAAUAGAGAGAUUAUCACAGCCAUGGCUUUGAACACUGGAUUGAGAUCUCGCAUGAAACGGCUCACUUCUUCUGAAUCACUUCUCUCAAUAUCAGGUCAUGACGAUGUGAAAGGACCAACAAUAGAAGAGAAACUUGCGAGUAUCAACUUCACGAAUGACGAUAAAAGCAACAACACUGAAGACGAGGAGCCUUCUACUAUCACAAAAGUCCCAAGUGCAGAUUCGGUUCACGUGUUGCUCAAGCAAGCAUUACAUGCUGAUGAUCGCGUGUUAUUGUUGGACUGCUUGUACACGCAAGAUGAAAAGGUUAUUGCAAAUUCGAUCUCCUUAUUGCAUCUAACAGAUGCUCUUAAACUUUUGGACGCCUUGUUAGUGCUUACACAGUCAAGGGGAGCAGUGCUAGCUUGUGCUCUUCCUUGGCUAAAUAGUUUACUUCUUCAACAUUCAAGUAGCAUAACAUCGAAAGAAUCUUCCCUACGGUCGCUCAACUCUCUAUAUCAGCUUAUUGAAUCUCGAGUUUCAACAUUUCGACCAGCUCCUCAGUUAUCAAGUUGUAUGGAUUACCUUUUCACAGAAAUAUUAGAGGACGCUGAAGAUGAGAAAAUCAAGAUUACCCCCAUUAUUUAUGAAGAUUUUGAUGACAGUGAGUUAGACGAACCUGAAGUUGACGCCAUGGACAGCGAUCAAGACAUUGAAGAUCAACAUGAGGAAGUUAGUGUGGCUAGUGAUUAUUCUGAAAGCGGUAGUAUGAGCGAUGAUUAGUCCGUGUUAACUAAAAGUAAUUGUUGUAUUCAGUUGCACCAGUAUUUAGUGCUUGAAGCCCUUAUAUUUUGAUAUCUCAGUUAUAAGUUUUUCCCUAAAA